GGCAACAGAGAGAGCAGCUCGAGUUCCCCAAGCGAGCUCCUUCGGCUGGAACAUCGUUUCGGCGUCGAAUCAUUCCGCGCGACAAUUGCUCUGAAAGGACUUUGCAAGCCGAGGGCAACGUUCGACGCGGAACCUUUCGCAGCUGGACAAGUUCUGCUCUCUCGCCCUGCCUCGACCCUUUUCGCUGAGCCGCAGCGCAACCAAGCAGCCAUGGAUCAACCUGUGAAGCUCGCCAUUGUCACCAAGGUCGUGGGGCGGACGGGCUCUCGUGGUCAGGUCACGCAGGUCAGGGUGAAGUUCCUGGGGGAUGACAAGGACCGGCAAAUUAUGAGGAAUGUGAAGGGGCCCGUGAGGCAAGAUGACAUCCUGGUCCUGUUGGAGUCAGAGCGUGAGGCAAGGAGGCUGCGGUAGAGGGGCCAUUACUGAAAUUAUAAAAAGACGUGUUAUAUCCAAUCUUGCAAAGACGAGGUGCAUACAACUCUUUCCAAACAUGUGCCGGUAAAGUUGAGCAAGACCGAGUGCAAUGCAUGGAGAUUG